AUGUCCACUCCUUCUCUCAACAAUGGCAAUAAAUAUGGUAAUUUGAAGCAAAAUAAUAAUUAUUACAUAUCUUCAACAACAACGAAGACGAAGUCUUGUAAAUACCCUGAUAAUCUACGAAAGUAUCAGUCAUACACACAACAACAACAAAAACUUUCUCUACCACCGCGGGAAUAUAAUGGAAUGAUCGGUCGUGCACAUCGAGUGAUUGUUGGAGUUAGUGGAUCACACUCGAAGAUGACAACAAUAUCAAAAAGCUUUCAACAACGGUCUUUUGAUGAUAAUGUCCCAAUUGCUUGUCAACAACAACAACAACAACAACAACAGCAGCAGCAGCAGCAGAAGCAGAAGCAGAAGCAGAAGCAUGAGCAGCAACAAGACGAACAUCAUCUUUUUCAUCAGAAUUAUCGCUUUCAAAUUGAUUUAGAAAAUGACCAAGAACCACUUCGUAUCGUGCAUAGGAUGGCAGUUCUCGAUGAAUAUUUCACUUCGAUGACAUCAAUACCGAAUGAAUCAUCGGAUAAGAUAUCAGUGAGAAUCGGCAAGUAUGAUAAGUUUCUUUUGCGUGACAAGUUUGAUUCCAGUUCUGAUAUACGGAAUUCCGGUUUAAUCUAUCUAACGGAGAAGAGACCGGUGGGAUAA